AUCAUUGCACUGGAGAAAAAGAAAUGCUACAGCGGGCAAGAAAAGACAAAAAAGAAGAACAAUAAAAUAAAGAUAAAGUGAGAUGCGAAGUGCUCAACAAAGCAUACAAAAAACCCCGGCAUUGGCGGCUCCAAUCAGUAGUACUGGAGUAGUAAUCUCCCAUUCAAUAUAUACAGAGGGUAUCAGCGAGCUCGCCUGGUCAUUGCCCAGCCUUCGAAUUCACUAUCCUCUUUCUCCCUUCUCCUUUACCUUGCCUAGAUCCAGGCUGCCAAUGCAACGAGUUCUCUUAGAGCUUGUUGUUGUAAAAAUGAGACUUAUAAGGUUGUAAUUUGACAAGACAGCUGGAUCAACAGGAUGACAAGAAAUAUCCUGCUACUUGCACAAUGAUAUCUGAGAUUUGGUGUAUGGAAAAAUGAAUAUAAUGGAAGAAAUACAGUCUCAAUCAGAUAAUUAUAGGUCAUCGUCAUCAUCAGCAAGCAGCCCAGCAAGCAGGGUGCCAUCAAGUAACUUCUUUUACCUGCGUAAACCUGGUUCACUUAGACAACCUAUUUCAUUUGAGGAUUCACCAGAGUGGGAAGAUACUGAUAUCGGUGUUAGAGUUGAGGAAGGAGGUGACUCUAUUAAUGUUGCAACGACGCCAGCUUCUCCAUCCCUUUCAAAGCUCAACAGUGGAUCCUUGCCGUCCCCGCAUCUACCAGAUGGUGCAAUUAUUCCCAGAAAAAUUGCCGGGGCUUCUGUUGUGUGGAAGGACUUGACUGUUAUGAUAAAGGGAAAACGGAAAUACUCUGAUAAGGUUGUCAAGAGUUCAACUGGUUAUGCAUUACCUGGAACAAUGACAGUAAUUAUGGGUCCUGCAAAGUCCGGAAAGUCUACAUUAUUACGAGCUAUUGCAGGAAGAUUGCAUUCCUCAGCUAGGAUUUAUGGUGAGGUGUUUGUGAAUGGAGCAAAAUCACACAUGCCUUAUGGGUCGUAUGGGUUUGUGGAGAGAGAGAAUGUUCUGAUUGGAUCCCUCACUGUAAGGGAGUUUCUGUACUAUUCAGCCCUACUUGAACUUCCUGGUUUCUUUUGUCAGAAAAAGAGUGUGGUAGAGGAUGCCAUCCAUGCAAUGUCUUUAGGUGACUAUGCAAAUAAACUUAUUGGGGGACAUUGCUAUAUGAAGGGUCUUCCUAAUGGUGAGAGAAGACGUGUUAGCAUUGCUAGGGAGCUUGUUAUGAGACCACAUGUCUUAUUUAUAGAUGAGCCUCUUUAUCAUCUGGACAGUGUCUCUGCGCUUUUGAUGAUGGUUACAUUGAAGAAGCUUGCAAGCACUGGUUGCACUCUUAUUUUCACCAUUUAUCAGAGUAGCACAGAAGUCUUUGGCCUUUUUGACCGAAUUUGUCUGCUUUCAAAUGGAAAUACUCUUUUCUUUGGAGAAACAUUAGCCUGCUUACAGCACUUCUCAAAUGCUGGAUUUCCCUGCCCAAUCAUGCAAAGUCCAUCAGAUCACUUUCUGCGCGCAAUUAAUACAGAUUUCGACAGGAUAAUUGCAAUGUGUAAAAACUGGCAGCAGGAUGAAUUUUCCUCGGUGAACAUGGACACUGCUGUUGCUAUACGCACACUUGAAGCAACUUAUAAAACAUCUGCAGAUGCUGCUGCUGUUGAAACUAUGAUUCUGAAACUCACUGAGAAAGAAGGUCCAGGUCUCAAAAGCAAGGGUAAAGCUAGCAUAGCUACCCGAAUAGCAGUUUUGACGUGGAGGUCUUUAUUAAUUAUGUCAAGGGAGUGGAAAUAUUACUGGCUUCGCCUUAUUCUUUACAUGCUUCUCACGCUCUGUAUUGGCACUGUAUUCUCUGGUUUGGGGCAUUCUCUGUCGUCAGUUGUGACAAGAGUUGCAGCAAUUUUUGUAUUUGUAUCAUUCUGCUCACUUUUAAGCAUUGCUGGGUUGCCUGCACUGAAGAGAGAAAUUAAGAUAUAUGCCUGUGAAGAAUCGAACCAGCACUCAAGUGCAUUAGUUUUUUCACUCGGGCAACUCUUCUCCAGCAUUCCAUUCCUGUUUCUCAUAUCGAUUUCAUCCAGUCUCGUCUUCUAUUUCAUGAUAGGGCUGCAAGAUGAGUUCAGCUUGUUGAUGUACUUUGUGCUGAACUUUUUCAUGACUCUGUUGGUGAAUGAAGGACUUAUGCUAGUCGUCUCUACUAUAUGGGAAGAAGUUUUUUGGAGUGUAUUGACACUGUUGUGCAUACAUGUGGUCAUGAUCCUUUCUGCUGGGUAUUUUAGAAUUCGAGAUGCCAUGCCUGGACCCGUUUGGAUGUAUCCAAUGUCUUAUAUAGCCUUCCAUACGUAUUCAAUCCAGGGGCUAUUGGAGAAUGAGUAUCUAGGCACAUCUUUUGCCGUUGGGCAGGUAAGGACAAUAUCUGGCUUUCAAGCCCUCCAAAGUGCUUACGAUAUCUCCCCUGACAGUAAUUCCAAGUGGAAGAAUUUGCUGGUUUUGUUUCUUAUGGCGGUUGUUUAUCGAAUUUUAAAUUUUUUGAUGUUAUGUUUCUGUAUGGGUAGAAAAAUAUCCAUGUUCAGAAGCUUUCAGUGUAAUCGAGAUACCACAAAUACAAGAUGAAUUAUUGUUCCUGGGAACCUAUCAAAUCAUUUUGUGAACUCAUCUUGAAAACUGAGGUGCAAAUAUGAAGUUUCUUGGUCAAUACAGCAAUAAAUAUUCAGAGACAAUCUUUACCUCGGAA